UAUCACGCGCAUCAUUGCCAUUCGUUACCAACGUUGGUUGCCUUUUUCUUAUAAGAUAAACAAAGGGUAAACACUAAACGACCAUGGCAGAUAAGCGGAACUUUCGAUCAACUUAUUACGAGAAAGUGGGUUGCCGUAGUGUGGAAGAACGAAAAUCGCUCGAAAUUCUUCUUAAGGAUAAGCCGCUGAACGUACUAAAGUUGAAACAGUUUUGCAUUCUCUUCACCGUGCCGAACAUUCACCGCAAUGUGUUGUGGAAUUUUUUGCUAGGGGUUACUCCAGCCUACACCGACUCCCGACAGUAUGUGAUGACCCAACGAGAGGCCGUGUACAAUGAUUUGCUGCGAGCAUUGCAGGUCAUGCGACUGAUUGACGUAAAAACGCCUAAGCACAAAGUGCUUUAUGCAAUGUGGCUACUGGAAACCAAACAGCUUUGCCUUGGAUUCGAUCUGAACCAAGAUAGUCCGUUCUGCAACAUUACCGAGGUUUUACUGCAAAUAUUUGAUAAUGACAUUGAAAUAUACUGGAUGGCCAAAGGCUUCCACGAGUACAGCCAGGAAAUUUUGGAGGAAAUGGGUAAACUUUCCGAUCUAACCAACACGAUAUUGGAAAAGGAGGACAACGGGUUGUUUAUUCAUCUGAAAUCGUGUGAUAUUCUUCCGGUGCUACCAUUGAGCAAAUGGUACGGCUCCUUCUUUGCUGGUCUUCUGUCGGAACCAGCCCUUAUUAGGAUAUGGGAUAAAAUCUGCGGUGGAUCAAUCAAAAUUGUGAUAUUUGUACUGAUAGAGAUUCUACGCACCCUACGAAGGAAGGUAUUGCAAUGUACGGACCUUGUUUGUCUGCUAAAAUGUAUCGGAACUAUAAGAGGCGAACAGGAAACGGCCGAUUUGAUCGUUAACAAGGCGAUAGAGUUGUGGCAGCAAAAUAAGGGACACAACGAGUUUAUUCUCCAGUCCAAAGUAAAACCAAGCAUUUGAGAUCAUCUUUCCUCAGGUGGCUUCGAUUAGAAUCAUAUUUAUUACUACAUACUGUAAUGUUAAAAUAGAAAUAUAAUAAUAUAUUUAAGUUGUUCUGAAUCUA